AUGGAGCGGGCCGAGGGCCGGCCCGGCGCCCCCCAGUACGUGCAUGUGCAGCUGCAGGGGGGCGCGCCCUGGGGCUUCACGCUGCGCGGCGGGCUGGAGCACGGCGAGCCCCUCAUCGUCUCCAAGGUGGAGGACGGGGGCAAGGCUGCACUGUCCCGCCGGCUGCAGCCGGGCGACGAGCUGGUGAACAUCAGUGGGACGCCGCUGUACGGGUCCCGCCAGGAGGCCCUGAUCCUCAUCAAGGGCUCCUACCGGACCCUGAAGAUGAUCGUCCGCAGGAAGGAGAGGCAGGGCCGGGCUCUGCAGUCUCCCCCGCCCCCCCAACAUCCACUCCCCGGCUGCAUCCCGACCGGCUCCAGCUCCUGCGGCACCCAGGGGCUGGGGCAGCGCAGGGCACUGCCCAGGGGGCAGGGGGUACCACGGCACUGUGCCGGGGCUCAGCAUCAUCCAUGGAGGAGCGUGCCCGUCCUCCGGCCCCAUUCCUGGCACGUGGCCAAGCUCGCCGAAAGCCGCCCCGACGCCCCUGCCAUGCACUGCCCCGCUGAUGCCUUCAGCCUCUCCUGGCCCUCGGGGUGUGAUGUCAGCACCGACCGGAGCAGCUCCAUCGGGAGCAUGGAGAGCCUGGACCAGCCCAGCCAGGCCUACUAUGAAGGAGACCCCUCACCCAUUGACCAGGGCAUGUACCACAGCAAGCGGGACUCAGCCUACAGCUCCUUCUCCGCCAGCUCCAUCGCUUCUGACUGUGCCCUCUCCCUACGCCCCGAGGAGGCCACCUACGCCGACUCCAGCCUCCAAGGCUCCUGCAAGCCCCCUGACGGGCGCUACCUGACCACGGGGACUGAGUCACCUGCCAGCCGGCACGCUGAGACCUGGCGGGCGCCUGUACCCCCCCAGCCCCCUGUCAGGAGGGACAGCCUGCGGGCAGCCCCGGCCAGUGGAGGGGACAGGCGCCGGGCAUCAGUGUCGGUGGACAUGCUGCAUGCCAAGGGCCGGUGGAUCUCUGACACGUUCCUCUGCCAGCGGGACAGGGAGGCGGAGGCAGUGGGUGGGAGGAUGCCGGCGCCGUACCCCAUGAAGGACCGUCUCUCCGCCGACCAGUAUUACAUGCUGAGCUCCCACCCGGACCGGUGCCCUGCCGAGCCGCUCAUCGGGGAGAGCAUGGAGUCUGGUGACCGGCUGUACCCAGAUGGUGGCGUGCACCGAGUGCCGGAUGCGGCGGCGGGUGACAACCUGCUGCUCACCCCCCUCAAGGGCCAUGCGCCGCACCGGCACAGCGCUCCCGAGCAGCUGCUGGCCUCCCAGCUCCGCUCCCUCCAGGUGGGCACCGGCAGUGGGCGAGCCUCGCCGGCCCCUGACGCGCACCGCUGGACCCUUUCCCCGCUGCACCCUGAGGGCAGCCGGCCGGGCACCACAGGGGAUGCCCAGGACUCCCCGCUCUGCCUGGAGCCAUGCCGCCGCCUGCCACCCUGCCGCUGCUGCCCCGAGCCACAGCGAGCCUGCGGGCAGGAUGGGCGGGGGGCCAGCCCGUCGCAUGGUGCUGAGGGGCUGGCGGAGGAGGAGAACCGUGUGGGGGGCCGGCGAGCUGGGGGUCCUUCCCACCGUUCUGCUCAGAUGCGUCGCCGCAGCGACCGCUUUGCCACCAGUCUGCGCAAUGAGAUCCAGCGGCGCAAGGCCCAGCUGCAGAAGAGCCGGGGUCCCGGCGCCCCGCCGCCUGGCGAGGAGCCGGUGGAGGAGGCGGAUGAGCCCCCUGAAGGCAGCGUGCCGGCGGAGGGACCCCGCGCCCCAGCCGAGCGUCACAGCCCCGCGCUGAGUGAGGACAGCAGGAACCCCGGCUGCUCAGGGGACCGGGGCAUCCCCACCCCCGACCCACUGCCAGUCCCCAAAGGGCCUCCGUCCCCCGAGCAGGCGGUGCCGAUGGGCCGGGGCCGCUGGCGCUGGUCCCCAGAGCGCAAGCUGCAGCGGCAGCGUUCGCCCAGCCCCAGUGAGCUGGAGGGCUAUGGCCAGGGGCUGGCGGCCCCCGGCUCCCCACCGCAGGGUGGUGACGAGGCUGUCCUCCUGCCCUUCGCUGAUCGCCGCCGGUUCUUUGAGGAGAGCAGCCGGCCGGUCCUGCCCCGGCACAGCAAGCCCCCGGCGGGUGAUCAUGGUGCCUUCCAGCCCCCUGGCCCUGAGCGCCGAGACGCCCGCCGCCUCUCUGUGGACCAGCCCUACGGCUCCCCCUCGCCCGGCCGCCCCGGCUCUGCCAGCCCGUAUGCCGAGUGCUGCCGGGAGCAGCCCCCCUGCUACAAGCCGCUGGGGAGGCCAGGGGAGCUGGAGUACCUGCGGGGCUUCUCCUACCCCUACGGGGGUCCCCUGCGCCCCGAGCCCUGCCGCUAUUGUGGGGGAGACCUGUGCCCCCCGCCGCUGGCCUGUGGCCACGCCUGCCGCUGCCACCCCCAGCCCUGGGCACGCUGCCCCGACUGCUGCUGCCUAGCCCCCCGCCCCGGGCGGGAGGAGAACGAUGCCUGGCCUCCCCGGAGAGCUUUCGCCCCGGAAUUUCCUCUGGAUGAGUGGGAACCGCCAGCAAUAACCAGGAAAGCCAGCCAGUCCAUCAGCGAGCUCUCUCACUACCAACUGGGCUUCCCAAGGCUUGGCCCCUUCCGCCCCCGCUUUGAGAGCGCCGAGCCGGAGUGGCCACCCUGCUACCGGGCCACAUCCACGCAUGACCUCUCGUGGGAUGGUGACCGCCUGGCCCGCUCCCCUGAGAGCCCCCCGGACCCCCUGCACCGCCCGCUGCGGGGCAGAGCCUUCUCCGAGAGCCACCUCAACCUGGAGCCCAGCAGCCCCCGGGGCCGUGACCGGAGGGACCUUCUCCGUGCCAAGCUGGACCCGCCCAGCGUCCCCAAAAAGAAGGGCCCCCCACCUCCUCGCCCGCCUCCCCCCAACUGGGAGAAAUACAGGCAGCGCCGGACGUCCCAGCGCCUGCCAGAUGGUGCUGGGCACAGCUCUGCCUUCACCACCGCCCUGAUGCCAACCCGCAGCAUCGCUGAGGCUGUGCACGAGCGGUCACAGAGCCUCACCGGGGAGCAGGGGGGCCGGUCCCGGGGGCAUGCCGCUCGCCCCCCUGCCCCGCCGAGCGCCUGGCCCCGACCUGAGCCCCCCGGAUCACUCCGCAGGACGCCUGAGCCCGAUGCUGGCAGCGCCGAGAUUGGCAGGGCGGCGGGGGCCGGGGAGGAGCGGCCGAAGGUGAAGCACCCCUGGGAGAUGGAGGAGCAGCCCCAAAGGCUCGGCCGGAGCCAGGAGCGUGGCUGGGCCGGCCCCCGCGGGGUGGGUGAGUGCUCCCUGCCCCUGCAUGGUGGCCCCAGCCCCACCACCCCGGAGGCGCCCAAGCCCAGCCCUGGAGCAGCGGAGGAGGCAAGCUGCCAGGGGGGCCGGCCCCAGCCCCGCCGCAUGGACUCGGAGGAGCUGCUGUGGGAUGCGGUGGGCAGGGACCGCUCCCUGGCCGGCAUCCUGGCCCCGUCGGCCCCCCUCGUCACUGCCACCGAGGCGAUGGGUGAGCUGCUGGUGGCGGGGGAGCGGCAGGCCUGGCGGGAGCGUUUCCAGCAGGACUGGCGCCUGGAGGCCCUGGCACAGGACAGGCAGGGCUUUGAGCCCAUCUCACCGCCCGCCAGGAGCACUGCCAGCUCCACCGCCUACCCAGCGUACUACAGUGCGGCAGCGGGCAAAGCCGAGCCACUCGGCAAGGUGAAGGAGCUGCCGGAGGUGGUGGAGGGAAGCUCAGAGGAGGAGGAGGUGGACCGUGAGCUGGUAGAGAAGAAGCUGCAGCUGAUUGAGAGCCUAAGCCGCAAGCUGGCAGUGCUGCAGGAGGCACAGCGAGGACUGCAGGAGGACAUCAGUGCUAAUGGGGCGCUGGGCGAGGAUGUGGCUGCCCGCCUGCAAGCCCUCUGCACCCCGGGGGAGUUCGACAAGUACCGCCUCUUCGUGGGCGACCUGGACAAGGUGGUCAACCUCCUUCUCUCCCUCUCGGGGCGCCUGGCCCGAGUGGAGACCGCCCUGGGCAGCCUGGGGCCGCACGCCCCCGCCGAGGACAAGGUGGCCCUGCGGGAGAAGCAGCGGCUGCUGGCGGCACAGCUGGAGGACGCCAAGGAGCUGAAGGAGCAUGUGGGGCGACGGGAGGAGGCAGUGGGUGCCAUGGUGGCGCGGUACCUGCCCACCGAGCACCUCCAGGACUACCAGCACUUCGUCAAGAUGAAGUCAGCCCUCAUCGCAGAGCAGCGGGAGCUGGAGGAGAAGAUCAAGCUGGGCCAGGAGCAGCUCCGCUGCCUGCGUGAGAGCCUCGGCCAGGCCCCUAAGGGCUGCUAGCCCCCUGCUCAGCCUCCCCCUGGGGCCCUGGCCAUGGUCCCAGCUUGCUGCCAAAGUGGAUCUGGCCCCCCGGAGGCUCUCCCUGUGUCCGUCCCUCUGUCCAGCCCCUGCCUUUUAUUUAUUUUUCCGGUUUACUGAGCAGGGGAGGGGGUGCCAGUCCAGACACUGGCAGGGGGGAGGUUGUGCCACAGAGCUGCCCUGGGCUCUGUGGCCACCCAGCACCCUGUGGCCUAGCAGGACCAGAUGGACGGAUUCUGCCACCCCCCACCCCCCCGGGGGUCCCUCCACCUUGUCGUGGACACCAGUGCCUGUCAUGCAGCUGGUGCUGCACCAUGUGCCUUAAACACCCUUGCAAGCUGCCCCAGGGCGUCCCCAUGCAGCGCCUGGAAGGGUUAAACCAUCCUGGCCCUCCAUCGUGUCUGUUUGUCCAUCUCAGUCCAUCUGUCCGUUGGGAGCUGGAGGAAUUUCGGCUGGAGGAAUUUCGGCCUCCGGCAUCCUCUUCCUCUCCAUUGUGUCCAAAACAAUGGCCCUGGCCAGUGGGUCCUUAACCCAUUCCCCGCCUCCCCGAGGCACCGUGGGGGGCCGAGGCAGGUGCUGGUGGGUGCUGUGCACCCCUCUCCUGGGGGACACUGAGGUGGGUGCCCCUGGGAUGGUGCCCUGCCAGAGGGUGGUGUGCUGGGAGCUGUAGACUGGGAGCUGUGGGCAGCCCCUGCCACCAAUGCUGUGGACACGGGGACCACCCGACCUCAUCCAGCCCUCACUUGCAUCCUCUGCCCAGGCACUGGGAGGGAUUAAUAGAGGAAAAACCAUGCUAAGGGCGAAACGGGACUCGUGACCCCCCUCCUUUUGCUGCAGCAGCCCCAAAUAGCACUUAGACGUCACCCUGGGUCACUCUGCCGCCAAGGCGCUCUGUCCUCACGGGCUGGGCAGGUGCCUCGAUGCUGAUUUUCCACAGGGGUUUCAUGCAACCGGCAGCGGCGUGGGGGGGCGGAGGAGGAGAAGCGUUUUGGGGAGGCAGGGUGGGCCACAGCCCCUUUGGGGGUGGCCACAGCCAGGCAGCCCAGCCCCAGGGUGCAGGCAGCGCCUGUGCCUGCCCGCUCGGCACCGCAGCAGCCCCCCGUGUGGCUGUUCCUCCCAGGGGCUCCCCUCAGCCCCCCAGCCUAUUGAACACUACACCCCACACCUAUCUGGCCCUACCCUGGGAUGAUGCCUGGCAGGAGUGGGGUACCCUGCACACCCCCCAUCUCAACCGCCACCUGUGCCUGCUCGGGGACACUGCUAGGACCAAAGACUGCACCCAUUGGGAGCCGGGGCAUGUGUUGCUCUUGGGGGGACCAACAGCCCUCAGCAGGUCACCGCACCGGGGAGUGUGAUGGUGAUUGUGCCCGUGCCUUGCCAUGUGCCACUGUGCCUUUCUCGCACUAAAGGAGCAGCAGCAGCUGCACAACUGUCCGAG